GUGUGAGUGGUGUGCAGGGUGAGCACGUGUGGGUGAGGGAUGGUGAGUGACGCAGCCCGUGUCUCCCUGUGUCGUGUGCAGGGUGAGCGCGUGUGGGUGAGGGAUGGUGAGUGACGCAGCCCGUGUCUCCCUGUGUCGUGUGCAGGGUGAGCGCGUGUGGGUGAGGGAUGGUGAGUGACGCAGCCCGUGUCUCCCUGUGUCGUGUGCAGGGUGAGCGCGUGUGGGUGAGGGAUGGUGAGUGACGCAGCCCGUGUCUCCCUGUGUCGUGUGCAGGGUGAGCGCGUGUGGGUGAGGGAUGGUGAGCUGCUCCUCCCGUGCUGCGUCGUGGCGAGUGAGGGCGGAUCCCUCGUCCUCAUCUCCGACUAUGGCCAGACGUUCACGCUGACCCCCGGCUCCGUGGCGCGAGUGAACGUGCGGGCCAUGCCGGCCUGGGGGCCCGAGGGGGUGGAGGACAUGAGCUCCCUGGCGGAGCUCCACGAGGGGGCCAUCCUGCACAACCUGCACCUCCGCUACCGGCACAAGCUCAUCUACACAUACAUCGGCUCAAUCCUGGCGGCCGUCAACCCCUACGAGACGAUCGCGGGGCUCUACGGCGCUGCCAGCAUGGAGGCCUACAGAAGGCACCGGCUAGGCGAGCUGCCACCCCACCUCUACGCAAUCGCCGGGGAGUGCUACCGCGGCCUGUGGCGGCACGGUGACAGCCAGUGUGUGCUCAUCAGCGGCGAGAGCGGAGCCGGCAAGACGGAGAGCACCAAGAUCAUCCUGGACUUCCUGUCGGCCGCGAGCCAGGCCUCCGCCAAGUCCUCCCGCCUUGACUCGAGCACCCACGUGGAGCGAGCCGUGCUGCACAGCAGCCCCAUCAUGGAGGCGUUUGGGAACGCUCGCACGGUGCACAACCACAACUCCAGCCGCUUUGGCCGCUUCGUGCAGCUCAACUUUUGCCGGCAGGGAACGAUCAAGGGCGGCCGCAUCCUCCACUACCUCCUGGAGAAGAAUCGCGUCGUGCGGCAGAACCCGGGAGAGAGGAACUUCCACAUUUUCUACGCCAUGACGCGGGGGGCCUGCCCGGCACUCCGAGAGGAGCUGCACAUCUCGGGCCCUGAGAGCUACCACUACCUGAAGCAGUCGAGCAGCGCCCUGGACGACCCCAGCGCCGACCGGAGCCUCUACACGGACGUCAUGGGCGCGAUGGAGGCGAUGUGCUUCUCGGCAGAGGAGAGGAGGGAGGUGCUGCGCUUGCUUUCGGCCGUUCUGCUCGUGGGGAACAUCGAGUUCGCUACGGCGGGGGGCGCGCAGGUGUCCUCCAGUGGUGCUCUGUGCCGUGCGGCCGAGCUGCUGGGCGUGGACGAGGAGCCGCUGGCCGAGGCGCUGACCCAGCGGUCCAUGACCCUCCGCGGAGAGGAGAUCAGCACGCCGCUCACCAUCGCACAGGCGGCGGACUCUCGCGACUCGCUGGCGAUGUCUCUGUACGAGCGCUGCUUCUCGUGGAUCGUGCGGCGCAUCAACGCGCGCGUGCACGGAGCGCGGCCCUUCCACAGCAUCGGCAUCCUCGACAUCUUCGGCUUCGAGAACUUCGAGGUGAACCGCUUUGAGCAGUUCAACAUCAACUACGCCAACGAGAAGCUACAGGAGUACUUCAACACGCACAUCUUUUCACUGGAGCAGCUAGAGUACAACAGGGAGGGCAUUGCAUGGGAAGACAUCAACUGGACGGACAACAGCGAGUGCCUCGACCUGGUGGAGAAGAAGCUGGGGCUGCUGGCGCUGGUGAACGAGGAGAGCCGCUUCCCCAAGGGCACGGACGCCACGCUGCUCGCCAAGCUCCAUGGGGAGCACGCGAGCAACUCCUUCUACGUAAAGCCCAGAAUGGCCGACCACCAGUUUGGGAUCAAGCACUAUGCCGGAGAGGUGCUGUACACCGUGGAGGGCUUCCUGGAGAAGAACAGAGACACGUUUCGUGAGGACAUCCUCAACCUCGUGCUGGACAGCAGGAUGGACUUUGUGUUCGAGUUGUUCGAGUCGGAGUCGAGCUCCGGCCGCGCGGCACCCGAAGAGUCCCUCAAACUCAACUCGCGGCACCGCAAGCCCACGGUCUGCUUGCAGUUCAAGGACUCUCUGCACGCUCUCAUGUCAUCUCUGAGCUCCUCCAACCCAUACUUUGUGCGCUGCAUCAAGCCCAACGGUGACAAGAUGUCGGCGCGCUUCGAGCCCACUCUGGUGCUGAACCAGCUACGCUACUCGGGGAUGCUCCACACGGUGCGCAUCCGCCGCUCCGGUUUCCCCGUGCGCCGGCGCUUCCUCGACUUCACCGGCCGGUACGCCGCACUCUGCCGCCCGAUGUCUCUGCCGCACAAUGAGCGCGCUCGCUGCGAGGGGCUGCUCGCAACCUUUGACCCCACGCGCACGCUGUGGCAGCUCGGCAAGACUAAGGUGUUCCUGCGCGAGAGCCUGGAGCUGCGGCUGGAGACGGAGCGCGACGCGGCGUUCACACGCGCGGCCAUCGCCAUCCAAGCUCACGCACGCGGCCUACUUGCCCGGCGUCGUUACAUGGCGGUGCGCGCCGGCGUGCUGCUCCUGCAGCGCUGGCUGCGCGGGCGCCUGUGCCGCGUGCGCUUCCUGCGCUGGCGCCGCGCGGCGCUCACCGCCCAGCGUCUCCGGCGGGGGGCGCUGGCGAGGAGGCGCUGCGCCGCCCUGCGGCACGAGCGGCGCAUCCGGGCCGAGGAGAAGGAGCGCCAGGACAGGGAGAGGGAGCGACUGGAGAGAGAGGAGGCGGCCAAGGAGCUGGAGACGCGUUUGCUGCUGGAGGAGGAGGCGGCGGCGGCGGCAGCGGCGGCGGCAGCGGCGGCGGCGGCGGCGCGUGGUUCGCCGGCGGAGGAGACGGAGCCCGGUGGUGACCCCGGUGGUGACCCCGGUGGUGACCCCGGUGGGGGCGGCCUGCGGGAGAUCCUGCUCCUGGAGCGCCAGAUCGCCCGGCUGCAGCGGGAGCAGCGUGAGCGUGAGGCCGGGCUCAGCCGCGACGGCCGUGAGCAGCUCCAGCUGAUCCGCAGCCAGCACGGGGCGGCGCACACGCCUGCGAAGCCGGGCGCCCAGGACGAAGGAGGGGAGCCGCAGGAGCCGCCGGAGGUGGCGGCACUCCCAGAAUGCCCAGCUGCCCGCGGUGUAGGGGGCAGCCAAGCUGAAGUGGCAACCAUGGAGCUGCCCCCGCCACCCGCCCUGCUCAGCCAGGCCGACCUCCAGCCAGAACCCCAGUGCGCGGGUGGGGAGGAAGAGGAGCUGGAGCGUCUGGAGCUGGAGGCCCUGCAGGCGGCGCGGGAGUUUGUGAUGGAGCUCGGCCUCUACGAACUCGGGGACGGGCCGCCCCCCGCCAAGCCCCCUCGCUUCCUCGACCCCUUCCCCCCCGCCCCCCACGACGAGGAGGACGAGGGCUUCGUUGCCGGCGACGACGGGUUCAAAGAUUCUCCAAACCCCAGUGAGCGGGGGGGUCAGGGCGAGCCGAGCGCCGGGGGUCAGCGUGCCAGCGGGGGGUCCUCCGAGGCAGACGGGGCUUUGUACCUGCUCCCCACUGCCGCUUGGCCCGCUCAGCUCGCCGCGCCCGGCCCUCCCGACCCAACGCCUCCAACCUCGGCCGGCCGCUGCUCGGAGAUCUGGGCGGACGAGGUGAGGCCGGCCGGCGGGGAGGCAGAGGAGCUCGACUUCGAGGAGGAGGAGGACGACGAGGGCGACGAGGGCAGCGGGGGCCGGGCCGCCCGCGGCGGGGGGGCGGUGUCGAUGCGGCGCGCGUGCGCGGGCCGGGCGGCGCACGCGCGCCAGCACUCGGCGUCCGGGGAGUCGCGGCUCUCGCUGGGGACGUACGCCAGCUCGGGGACCUACCGCUCGCUCUCCGAGGGGCGCACCUCCUCCCUGGAGGACAGCGAUGAUGAGUUGGAGUCCCUGUUGAGCGAGGAGUUUGGGCGGAGGGAGGCUGUCUACAGCUCCGUGGGCGUUCCCUACUUCCACAGCUUCCUCUCCAUAAAGGGCGGCCUGAUGAACGCGUGGCGCCGCCGCUGGUGCGUGCUCAAGGACGAGACGUUCCUCUGGUUCCGCGCCAAGCAGGAGGCGCUCAAGGCCGGCUGGCUACUCAAGAAGGGCGGCGGCGCCUCCACGCUGUCGCGCCGCAGCUGGAAGCGCCGCUGGUUCGUGCUGCGCGGCGCCGUGCUCACCUACUACGACGGCGACGCCGAGGAGAAGCCCCGCGGCACCGUCAGCGUGCACGCCGCACGGGAGAUCCUGGAUGGUGGGGGCCGGGAAAAUGGGAUCGACAUUGUGAUGAACGAACGCAAGUACCACCUGGUGGCCGAGUCUCCCGAGGACGCCAGCGAGUGGUUCAGUAUUUUGAGCCGAGUCCACGCUGCAUCGGACAAGGAGCUGCAGCUGAUGCACAGCGAGCAGGCGAACCCCAAGAAUGCGGUGGGCACGAUGGACGUGGGCGUCAUCGACUCGGUGUGUGCGUCCGACAACCCCGACCGGCCGCACGGGUUUGUGAUCAUCACGGCCGAGCGCGUGCUGCAGUGUAACGCCGACUCGGCCAAGGAGAUGCACCACUGGAUCGCGCUGCUGCAGCGCAGCAAGGGGGAUGCGCGCGUCGAUGGACAGGAGUUCAUCGUGCGCGGUUGGCUGCACAAGGAGGGGAAGGCCGGCAGCGCCCGCAGCGGUCACAGCGGCGCCGUCCCCAAGCUCAAGAAGCGCUGGUUCGUGCUCACGCACAACUCGCUGGACUGCUACCGCAACGCGGAGCGAGCCGCCCCCAAGCUGGGCACGCUGGUGCUCAACAGCCUGUGCUCCGUGAGCCAGCACGACGACACCACGGGCUACUGGUGCGUCGUGGUGCACGGCAGGAAGCACUCGUGCCGCCUCUACACGCGGCUGCAGAGCGAGGCGUCGCGCUGGGCCGACUCGGUGCAGUCGGUCAUCGACUCCAAGGUUCCCGUCGAGACGCCGACUCAGCAGCUCAUCCAGGAGAUCAGGGACAACAGUGCGAAUCCGGAGAUAGUGGAGCAGAUUUACCGACGCAACCCGAUCCUGCGCUACUCGCCGCACGCGCUGCACUCGCCACUGCUGCCCCUUCCCUACGGCGACGCCAGCCUCUCCCUGCAGCGAGAGUGCGGCUACGGGAGGCUGCAGGAAGAGGCGGUGCGCCUGUUCCAGCGGGUGCAGGAGCUGGAGACGGCCGCCGACCCCGUGCCGCCGGUGCAGGCCGUGCUGCGCACGUGCCGCCACCUGCGCCCGCUGCGCGACGAGCUCUACCUGCAACUGGUGAAGCAGACGAGCGCCCACCCGGCGCCCGGAUCAGCCGCCGCGCUGCGCCUCUGGCAGGCGCUGGCGUGCGCCGUCUGCGCCCUGCCGCCCGGUCGCGCCGUGCUGCGCUACCUCAAGAUCCACCUCAAGCGCGCGCGCGAGGAUCACGCCGGCUCGGAGACGGACCUCUUCUGCGCGUUCAUCCAGGACGCGGUGCGGCGCUCGCGACCGCGCGAGGCGGUGCCCUCGCGCGCCGAGCUGCACGCCGUGAUGGCACGCGCCGAGAUGAGCGCCACGGUGCACUGCCACGGCGGCGGGGCCUGCCGCAUCUCCGUGCACCCCUACACCACCGCCGGCGAGGUGGUGGAGAAGCUGCUGCGGGGCCUGGCGAUGGAGGAGAGCCGGAACUGGUUCUCUCUGUUCGAGCGCCGCGACGGCACCGACCGCGCCGUCGAGGCACGCGCCCUCGUCGCCGACGUGCUCGCCGGCUUCGAGAGGCUGGCGGACGAGCGGGGGCUGCGGGAGGUGGAGGAUCCUGGUGGAGCGGGGGGCAGUGUGGGGGGCCAGGGUGCUCAGCUCUACUUCAAGCUCUACUGCUUCCUGGACACGCACGGCGUGAUGCCCGACAGUGUCGAGUUCGCGUUCAUGUUCGAGCAGGCCCACGAGAUGGUCAUCAGCGGCCACUUCCCGGCUCCGGAUGAGACCCUGCAGCAGCUGUCCGCGCUGCGCUUGCAGUACGCGCUGGGCGACCUGGCGCUGGCCUCGCUCCCCGCUUCCUCUCCCUCCUCGUCCGCCUCCUCCCCCUCCUCGUCCGCCAUCUCCUCAUCAUCCUCCUCCUCCUCCUUGGCCUCCUCACCGACAGCCUCAGGCCUGCCCCCCUUACCCCCGCUGGAAGACAUCUACCCCUUGGCCCGCCUCAGGGCUCGCGUCACUCAGUCCACCAAAGUCACCUCCCUGCAGCCCCAACCGAUGGCGCCACCGCCGCCGCCGCCGCCGGAGAAGAAGCGUUCCAGCUUCCUGGACGGAACGCUGCGGCGGAGCCGGCGCAGCAGCAACAGCAGCGGCGGCGGCGGCGGCGCCGGGGGCAACUCGAAGCGGCGGCACAGCCAGGGGCAGGCGGCGGGCCCGGCGAGCGUGGCGCCAACGCAGGCGCUGGAGAUGUGGGUGCAGGAGGAGGAGCAGGCGGUGCGCGCCGGCGUCGUCGACAAGUGGCGGCGGCUGCACGGCGUGGGGCAGGAGCGAGCGAUGGCGCUCUACAUGGCGCUCGUGCGCGAGUGGUCGGGGUACGGCGCCACGCUCUUCGACGUCGAGUGCAAGGAGGGCGGCUUCCCGUGCUCCCUGUGGCUGGCGGUGGGCGCCACGGCGGUGUCCGUGUACCGGCGCGGCGAGCCGAGUCCCCUCGACACAUUCCCCUACGAGAACAUCCUGUCGUUCGGGGCGCCGCUGCACAACACCUACAAGAUCGUGGUGAUGGAGCGCGAGAUGCUCUUCCACACGCCCCAGGUGGUGGAGGUGGCCAAGCUGAUGAAGGCCUACAUCAACGUCAUCGUCCGGGACCGCUACGGCACCCGCCCAGGGGACGUCAGGGCCUCGGGGGUCCCGGCUGGUUCCCUGGGACUCGGGGUACUCGGAGGACUCGUGGGGAUGGGAGGCAGCGCGAUCCCCAUGGAGAUCGUGGGCACUGCGGGGAUCAGUGAGAGCCCCGGGGGAGCGUGCGGGGUGACCGUGGCGACCAAUGGGACCGUGGGGCUCGGGACGAGCGGAGAAUCUUCCACGGGGAGCGGCGGGCGAAGUAGAGGAAGUGGGGGGCUCGGAGGGAGUGGGGGGCCCGGGAGGAGCGGGGGAUCCGGGGGGAGUGUCCGCUCCACGAAGGAGACCCUGCUCUGACGUGGCGUGCCGACCGCCUCUCGCGAAAUCCUCGAGGAUCCGCAGGCCACGGUGACCCCAAACAAUCGCUCGGGAUCACCAUGAUACCCCGGGUCACAGAUGCUAAAGGUCACCUUGUCGUCAGGCCACACCCCACGCAGCUCGUCGCGACCCAGUGCCGCUGACCUCUCCAGCUCUUGCACCUUCAAAAACCUUCAACUCGGCGUUCCGCGAGCGUCGUCGGUCUUCCCCGGCGCUGGAGGGAGCCCGUCCGAUCGUCGCCAAGGCCCGACGUGGCCCCCAGCGGGGAUCGCGAUGGAAACCCCGGUGCCCGGGGGGGGGGGGCCCGGCACCUGCAUCGUGCCGCUCGCCGCGUGCGUGAGGGACGGCCGUGGCAGGGCCCGCCCGUGCUGGGGGUUCAGCCCCCUUGGCGUCGCGAGGGAUCUCGUGGUGGGGUGGCCCUGGCGGUGGGCGGUGUGAGGGACCGGGACUUGGCGCGGUCGCCUCUUGCGCUGUCCUCCAGCGUUCCAGAUAAUGCUUCGGGGCUCUGCGAGUGCUUUACCCUCCGACGUGGACGCCGUGUGUGCGUGCGUGUGCGUGUAUGAAAUGUUUUAAGGUUGGUAAAAAAACGCGAUUAUUUUUUUUUUGCUGGGGUGGGGCAGUGAACCCGGAGACUUGAGUUCGAUAUCCCCGACUGUGGCUCGCGUCUCGGUGGCGAAGCCGAUAAGCCCAGCAGCAGCAGCAGCAGCAGGGCGUUCUAGCCACCCCCCUUCAUCAACACUCAACGUCGAGUCGGACCUCGCCCAACGUGCCGGGGGGUUGGAGGUUACGUUGGGAAAAACCGCGGUAAACGAUCGGCUUCGAGGAAGAACUUGGGGGUAGCGUCCCUGGGUUCCGAAGUUAUCGCUCCGUCCCCUCGUUGUUAGCUAAUUCUACACGAUUUCCCCCACUUGAUAUAACGUAGCAAAAAAA